UGUCAGUUCCUGCUGAUCUUCCGGAGGGCCGCCGCAGGUGAGCUGCAGGAAGAGAGCGGUCUGAUGGCUCUCGCUCGACUUUCAGAGAUCGACGUCUCGACCGAAGGCGUUCUUGGAGCGAGGGACUUCUUUGAGGCAAAGGUUCAGGCUCUGUCUGUGCGCAGUAAGUUUGAAGCAGAGAUACGAGAAGAACAAGAAGAGAAGAAGAGGAUGGAACUGGAAAGAAAACAACGGCGUGCUGCCUUUAAAGCGCUGCAGUCCACAUUCUGCUCCUAAAACUAUAGUUCUUUUAGAGAGCACAGUUUACUUGCACACAAGCAC